CAAUUCUUUAACUGGAACCGUUAUAUUUGUAAUGUUUGUUGAAGUGGCGUAAUCCGGUGUCUGGUUGUUUUUGUUCCGUUCCAGCAUAUUUCUUGGAAAAUACUUCACUUUUCUCAAGUAUUCUAAUCAAAGACAUUUAGAGAUAAGAAUUUCUGCAAGAUGCCGAUAAUUAAUAUAAAAGAGGAGCUCCUCUUCCAAGCACUUGGCCGAAAGUAUACACCUGAAGAAUUUGAUGAACUUUGUUUUGAAUUCGGUUUAGAACUUGAUGAAGUAGUAUGGGAAAAACCAGAUCCUAGUAAAAAUUUGGAAAUUUGCAUAUACAAGAUAGACUUACCAGCUAAUCGUUAUGACCUCUUAUGUCUUGAAGGACUUUGCAGGUCUUUAAAGAUUUUCCAAAACCAAAUAGAAAUUCCUCGUUUCACUCUCUCCUGUAAAGGUGAAUACCAAAGGCUAAUUAUUGACCCUUCAACUUCUCAAGUGAGGCCCUAUGCUGUUGCUGCAGUUUUAAGGGGAAUUACUUUUACUCAGCAUAGUUAUGAAAGUUUCAUCGAUCUUCAAGACAAGUUGCAUCAAAAUAUUUGUAGGAAAAGAUCUCUCGCAGCUAUCGGGACUCACGACUUGGAUACCAUUUCUGGUCCAUUUUUGUUCGCCGCAAAACCGCCCGAGGAAAUUAAGUUCUGUCCAUUGAACAAAGAAAAGGAAUACACAGCAGUUGAAUUAAUGGAACUUUAUACUAAUGAUUUACAUUUGAAGCAAUAUCUUCACAUUAUUAAAGAUAAACCGGUGUACCCUGUUAUCUACGACCAGAGUGGUGUCGUCUUAUCCAUGCCUCCCAUUAUUAACGGAGAACAUUCCAAAAUAACUUUGAACACGAAGAAUGUUUUCAUAGAAAUAACUGCUACCGAUUUACAAAAAGCCGUAAUAGUUCUCGACACUCUCGUUUGCCUGUUUAGCGAAUAUUGUGAAAAGCAGUUUGUCAUCGAGCCGGUGGAAGUCGUAAAUCCCGAUGGAUCCAAAGUCCUGUAUCCGGAACUAAAUUACAGGUCAGAAUCUAUUUGUCCAGCUCAAAUUAAUAAGUACAUUGGAAUAAGCGAAUCACCUGAAAAUAUAGCUGCAUUACUUACCAAAAUGUGCCUGAAGGCUGAAGUCUGUGAGAAAGACUCCAAUAUUAAAGUAGAGAUUCCUCCUACGAGGCACGAUGUGAUUCAUGCCUGCGACAUCAUCGAAGACGUGGCCAUUGCGUAUGGUUACAACAACAUCACCAAAACUAUUCCCCAGACUGUGACGAUUGCGUCUCAACUUCAGCUGAAUAAGCUCUCCGACCAGCUAUGCCUUGAGCUCGCUCAGGCCGGCUUCACGGAAGUUCUUUCUUUCACUCUUUGUUCUAGGGAUGAUAUUUCUCUAAAGCUCCAAUGUCCGAGUGCCCUUUCUCAAGCGGUGCAUAUUUCAAAUCCCAAGACUUUGGAAUUCCAGGUGGUUAGGACUACUCUUCUCCCUGGCCUUUUGAAGACUGUUAACGCUAACAAGAAAAUGCCUCUGCCUAUGAAAUUGUACGAAAUAUCUGAUGUGGUCAUCAAAGAUCAGAGUAAAGAUGUAGGAGUUAGAAAUGAAAGGCAUUUGUGUGCCUUGUAUUACAAUAAAAAACCAGGGUUUGAAAUUAUCCAUGGACUGCUUGAUAGAGUAAUGCAAUUGCUCGAUGUUCCCCCUUUAGAUGAAAGCAAUCCCGAUCGUGGAUAUUGUAUCAAGUCCUAUGAUAACCCAUCAUAUUUUCCUGGACGAUGCGCUGAAAUAAUAGUAGGAGGAAAAGCAAUAGGUUCACUUGGAGUUUUACAUCCAGAUUCUAUUUUAAAUUUUGACUUAAGUUUACCUUGUUCUGCCUUAGAAAUUAAUAUUGAACCAUUUUUAUAGUUAAUUAAAUUUAUUCUUAUACAAGUUUACUGUAGAGCCCCUUUAAUUUAAUUCAAUAUUUUACUUAUUUAAAGUUACAGAUACGAACAAUAUUUUUAACAAAAUUUAGUUGUAAAUAUAUGAUACAAAUUGAAUUUGUUUUUUCGACCAUUGAAAUAUUGACUUUGUAUGAAAUAAUUUGAAGAUCUCUUUUUAAUUGUUAAGAGUUUGUUAGAUUUGUUUGUUUGAAUGGUAUUAUCUUUAUCGUCACAUAUUCUGAGAUAAAAUCUAAAAUGAGUAAAAACAUUAUUAUUUACAGUUCUUCCAAUUAAAUUUUUAUGCCAAAAAAAUGCAUUAUUCUAAUGUAUGUGGGGGUUAUUUUUCUGUUGCUUCGAAAUAAAAGUCCACAUAUUAGUAACUUAUUUUUAUUUUCUUCUAGACUUUUCCUUAUUAUUUAUUUUUAUUAACCAGAUUUUUGAGUGAAAAAAUAUAGUCCUAAUUAUUUUUGGUUAGUUGGAUUCUAUUUUUAAUAUUAACAAAUGUUUUAUGUUUAACAAUUAAAUAAAUAAAUGACAUAAAUAUAUUGUUGGACUUCAAAAGUAGAUUGGGCAUUGUUGUAAUUAGUUAUAAAUUUUCAGUGACUUAUUCUUCAAUAAUUAUGCAAUAGUUUUCCUUGCACAUGAAAAUUAAGUUUUCCCAAAGGCUUAUGUCAAAGCUCUUAAUCUAUAACGAAGUCAGUUCAUAUGAAAGUUGUGUAGAGAAAUCUCUUUAAAGAAAUAUGAAUCAAUCUAAACAUGUUUUGAAUAUGUUUCUGAAUUAAUAAAGCAAUAAUGAAUGUGAGCAUUUUGAACAUGAUGCAUGUCUAUGAUAAAUUCCUAUGAAUUGGACUAUUUUCAUUCAAAGUAGGUAGUCAAAAAGAUAUAUGUUAACAAUUGCUAUGUAAUUCUAGCAUAAGUUAAUUUGUUAAAUACUGUAAGCUUUUUAUGAACUUGAAAACUUAACUGUAAUAUGAAUUUUUUUUUUGCCCUUUGUGAUAGCAAUAUAAUUUUGACCAAGUAAAACAAAGAUUUGAUUCAAAUUAAAUAUGUUUUAAAAAAAAGUUUGUUCUAGAGGAUUUUUUUAAAGAAAUCGUUGAUUAUUCAAUUAUUAUUUACUUAUGAAGCAUUUUAAUAUAAGAUUGUUUAAAGUUUUUAUUGAUUUUUAAAAUUUAUUUUGUUAAUUGGUGUUAAAAAUUCUGGCACUUAUCAAAAGAUAUUUUAAAAAUCUAAGUAUUCUUUUUCUGAAAGCAAAUUAAGAACAAAAAUAUUAAAUUUUUUUUUUUUAUGUAUAAUGGAUGGUUGGCAGAAUUAAACAGUGACAAACUUCCUAAAGCCGAAAAGAAUUUAUAAAACUUCCGGUGUAUCUCCCCACGUUUGUUAUGUUUUACAAGUUGAUAUUUGAACAGGCUUAAUAUUCGAAAAACUUUUAUUAUUGUGAUUUUUUUUCAUCACAUUUAUGCUUGCUUUUAUUUUUUAUAAAAGUUUUUCUGUUAUUUAAGAAUUCCAACAGGUCAUGAGUCAAAAACAAAUUUUAAGAAAAUUAAUAUCACAACGUAAAAAAUAUUUAAUGUUUGCCACGUUUUGAGCGAUAUCCGUUAUUUAGCUAUAAGUGUAAAAUAUCGCCCGGUUAUCGUUUUAAGUAGCAUUAUAGCUUGCUUGCGAGGUUUUCUAAUUCCAUUUGUUUUGUUGAAAGUUAAAUUAAAAGAAUGUGGAAUGUUGUGAACACUACAUGUAUUAUAAUAAUGAGUGGCGCUGUUUUCCAAGCUCAGGCAUAAAAAUCAAUUGGUAAUAGUAAGUCUUGUGACGAAUUUUAACGCCUUAGCGCCAUGUGUGCUUAUCUUUACAUAGCAUCCACAUUAUCUUUACAGUACAUAGCAUUUACGAACCAUCCAUAUGCAUCUAUAUAAAAAAAGAUUUAUUAAAUAUGGCUUGAUUUUUAAUUUUAUAUUUAAAAUUAAUUAAUUGUACAAUUCAUUGUAAAAACUUGCAUUAAUGUUAUUGAAUGUCAUAUUUCUUUUAAAGUAAUUUUUUUCCAUCUUUCCUGUUGACAGUCUUUUUUUUCUAAUUAAACAUAUUUAUUUUUAUAUAUUAUACAUUUAUAUAUACUAAGUUGAAUUUGCAAUUUAUCUUCAAAUGUUGAUUAACUUGCUUGCUGAUUCUUGACCUCUGGCAAAAGCUUUCAUUUUGAAAGACAUUGCUUUUUUUCUUCUUCCAUUUUUUAAACAAAUAAAAUAUAUUUGCAAGGCUAUGAA